AUGGCGCCGGCGGGCCUGCGCCAGGCGGCCAACGUUUGCAGGAAGUUCAAGCUCGGCUCGUGCGAGAAGGGCGCGGAUUGCCCGCUGAGUCACGCGAUUGAGUACGACGGCGCUGGGUUCAGCUGCGAGCAGUCCGCGCCCAGCGAGCUGUCCCAGGCUCGAGCACGGUCGCAGGCGAGCGGGGACGCCGCCAGCGACGCGAGCUCCCUGAGCUGGACCUCGAGCUCGGACAGCCGCAGCUGGCCCUCCGAGCAGCUCUGGGGCGGCCUCUCGAGGAUCUGGACCAGCGCCCCGGCCGCAACGGAGCUCCCAGCCUUCUGCAACCGCCUCGUCAUCCCCGAGUUCAUCCCUGGCGCCAGCGCUGCCAGCGGGGCCACCGCCAAGAACGAGCCCUGCGCGGAUUCCGACGGGGAGGCCCAGCAGGGGCCCAAGUCCAAGUCGGCAGCUCGGCGGCGGCAGCGGACGACGAUGGAGAAGUGGACCGAGAUGAAAGCGAGGAACAGCUCAACGUCGCUUCACGUGGUGGAGGCCGUGUGCAGGUUUUCGUUUUACGCCCCGCUGCCCCAGACCCGGCGCCAGCCGCGCACCGAGUCGGCAUCUCCAGGCCGACCGCCCGCGCCGCCCCCGUCGCCGAGGAAGCACAAGCAGACCGUCGAGCAGGACCCCGACGACUCUGGGCAUGAGGGUGCUGCCUUCCAGAGAACAAAGGUGUCGCUCUAA